AUGAAAGUGCUACUCGGUUUGGUAAGCGUUUUAAUUGUGGCGUUGGCAGUUGCCAAGCCGAGCGGAGAUAUAAACGAAAAGAGUACGGAUGAUGAUCCAACACUGAAUGAGGUCGAGACACAGGGUGUUGAAGACAAUCUAGAGCAGAAUGGUGAGGACAAUGAUCGGAGCAAUGGAGAGGACAAUGUUGAUGGAAGUGGAGUGGACAGUUCAGAAGAGGAAACAACGACAGAGAGUAACAAUGAGACACAUGAAAAUCCUGAUGAAAAGUCUGAAGGAGAAAGUAAUGUUGUCGAAGGAGACAUUAAGCUGAGGGAUGGUACGAAGAAGUUUAAAAAUGCCUACAAAAUGUCUUCAUGGAUUAAGCUCUGGCCAAAUGGGCAAGUGAUUUACACAAUAGGAUCGUUUAGUGCAAAGGGGAGAGCGAUGAUCAAUGCUGCUAUGGCACAAAUUACCAGACAAACGGAUGGAUGCAUCACGUUCAAACAAAGAACAUAUGAAAGAGACUACCUGGAUAUAACUCAAAAAUCUGGAUGUUGGUCUUAUAUCGGAAUGCAGUACGACUUCGGGGCUGCGACCGUGUCGCUCGAUGAACCAGCGUGUACUUAUGGCAACGGAACUGCGAUGCACGAAUUUGUCCAUGCAUUGGGGUUCUGGCAUGAACAUACUCGCUCAGACAGGGACAAUUACGUCAGCAUAGACUUCAGUAACAUUCUUGACAGUCAAAGGGAUAAUUUUGAAAAGCAAGACACAGACAACCUGGUUGGGUAUGAUUUCGACAGUAUAAUGCACUACUCUAACUACGCAUUUAGUAAAAAUGGAGGGAUGACGAUACACCCAAAGAAGGCAGGAGUAAAGAUCGGACAGCGGGCAAGGCUCUCAGCGCUGGACGUCCAAGAAAUCAAGGCGCUCUACAAGUGUGACACAGGAAGCCCAACGCAUACAGAAGCUCCCAGAACUGUGGAACCAACAACUCCAAGACCAACGUUUAAACCUUAUACGUUCAAACCAUACACAUCUAAACCAUACACAGUCAAACCGUACAUACCACCAACAACUCAGGCACCAGGUGGACCAAUAUAUGGAGCCGCGCAGUUUACGUGCACAUUUGAGACGGAUGCAUACUGUGGGCUGAAAAACCUGUUCACAUUUGAGGGCAAUGGAGCUAUGUUGUGGAAGAGGCAGUCAGCUAGGGAGGCAAGAAAGAAACCUAAAAGUGAAGUGAAUUUUCACUCAAGAAAUCAGGGUUGGUACAUGAUGGCAAAGGGGUCAAGCUGUUCCACGCCGCAGACAUGCAUUGCUAUUCUAGACUCAGAGUGGAUCUCAGGCGGGGAUUACUGCCUAUUGUUCAACCACUUCAUCUACAAUAGCGACAGUAGAAUCACAUUGUUUAUUGUAAGUGAUGGAUCUGCUAGUAUCAGGCCAAUAAGGAGUUGGGGUAGUGGCACAGCAGCAUUUCAACCAUCUAUAAUUCCUAUCCAUGAAGAUGGACGCUUCCAGGUGAGAAUCCAGGCUGAAGUUAACACUGGAGAUGUAAGCAUUGACAACAUUCAACUGAGACCCAAACCCUAUCAAGGAGGCUGUGGAAAUCUCAACAUAUUCUCAUCUUAACUCAACCCUAUCAUAAUCACUAUGCAACUACGAGUGGCUUGGAAUUAUAUAUAUAGCUGAGAAAUAUUAUAAUGUUUAUAAUUCCAGUUAGCCAUCAGGAAGACAAUAUAAUCUUGCUUACUUUAGUAAUCCUUGGAUGGUUCAAAGACAUAUGAAACAGUUUGUUUCUGGAUGGUUAUUUAGACAAUCAAAGAUCAAAUAUGUAUUUGGUGGAUAUUAUUCUGCUUUUAUUCAUAUUUUGACAUUAUGCAAUCGUGAUAACUUUCUGUUCUCAAAGAUUCUAUUAACCUAAUAAUAAAUAUGCAAAUAUCAUAAAACUGUACUGUUAUCAAUAUUUGAAAUCGAAAUAAAUAUUUUAG